AAUUGAAAACUAUGGGGUGAAAUGAGAUGGUGUCACACAAUGGAGAAACUGGGAUGAUGAGGCCUAAAAUACACAAUCGCUUUUAACCUUGUCCACCGGAUCAUCUUGUACACCAGAAACCUCUUUCAUGAUUCGCCACGAUAUGGGUACGUGCAGAGACAAGCGAACGGCUGUGGGAAUCUUAUGGUCUUAGUGUUAGUGAUUAGUGCCAAGAUGCUAUAAGAAGUCAAUUCUGGACAGUAAGAUUUCUUAGUAGUGUGUCGACAAGCGUUGUUCACGGUAGUGUCCAAAGGGUUACAUUCGUUGCAUGAUGUUUAUAAAAGCAGAUGUUGUUCUAUUAUCGGCGUUUACGAUUCUCUCUGGUUUGAUAAGUGCACAGGAACGGUGGUCUUGGCCAAAUGGCGAAGUAAAUGGGGCUAGUGCUAUAAAAAGUGAUAGCAACACUAACCGUUUUCAAGUAAGGAGUGAUGUAUUGGCUUUUCAGGGUAGUUCAUUAAGCACAUCGGAAAGAAAACGAAACACACCUGGUCUUCGUCAAGGACGUUACGAAGUAAAAGAGGGUGUGACGAGGCGCCCAAAUGCUAAACCCGAAAAUGACGAAUUUUCCGGCGAGUUUGGAGAAGGCAACCAGCAAAAUGAUUUUGGAUUCAAUCAAAAGUUUGGAGGCGGAGGUCCUAUUAACGGGCAAUAUGUGCCAAACCAUUUCAACUCAAUCCAUGGCAUUGGAGGAAUCCCUGUGCCAUUUAACGGUGGUCCUGGAAUAGGGUCUGGACAUUAUCCUACACAGCACUUCAAUGCCGGAGGUGUAGGAUUAGGCUAUGGUAAUGGUGGUAAUGGUAUCCUAGUGGGGCCAGGUGGUCCAACUGGAAUUAUAGGCCGGCCAUACAAUCGCUUCCUAUACGGCGGAGGAUAUUUUCCCGGAAGUGUAGGACUACCAGGAGGAUUUGGAUAUCCACCUUACGGUAGUCCUGUAGGGGCACCUUUUCCCCCAGGUUUCUAUCAGCAACCAUUCGAUGGACCAAGACCCAGUUUUUACGGACCAAAUCAGUUUGGGCACCAGUUUGAUCAAACCAGGGAAGCAAAAAAGAGAGUUGAGAAAAAAUCUGUCUAAGGUCGACGUACGUUCUAUACCCACAUUAUAGUCUGAACUUUUUAAUGUUGAUUUGUACUAGUAUGGCUUAUUACUUACCGAUUGUUGUAAUGACAAUAAUGGAAUAAAAAAGAGCACCAAAAAAUGUCCACUGAAUUUGAUUUACGUCUUCGUUGCCAUCCCAACCGUCUUUUUUCAUGGC